AGAAGAAAUUAACCUUCAAUAGCAGUUGUCAAUGAUUCUGAGUUGGGCAUGUGAGUUUUGAAUUGUAGAAAGUUUUUGGUACUUGAAAUAUAAUAUAGAAUAGUAACUAGAUUUGGGUGACAAAAUGAAGUUUCAGUAUAAGUUUCAAAAUAUUCUAGGAACAGUUUAUAAAAAAGGAAAUUUACUGUUUUCCUCUGAUGGCAACUCCGUUAUAAGUCCUGUAGGCAACAGAAUAACUAUAUACGACCUGAAAAAUAACAAAUCAACUACUUUACCUAUUGAAAGUAGAUACAACUAUGUGGCCUUAGAUUUGAGCCCUAAUGGAUGUACACUCGUGGCAAUAAAUGAGGAAGGUGAAGCUCAUAUGAUAAGUCUAAUUUCCCAAACUAUCAUCCACAAGUACCGAUUCAAGGGAAAGGUGAGAGCUGUUAAAUUCAGUCCCGAUGGAAAACAUUUUGCUGUAUGCAAAGACAAAAAUGCAUUUGUAUUCAAAGCUCCAGGUCCAUUUACUGGUGAAUAUAAUGGUUUCAUUAUGGAAAGAGUAUUUCAUGGGGCAUACGAUGAUACCACUUUCCUUGAUUGGUCAUUUGAUUCCAGAAUUUUGGCUGUUGGGUCUAAAGACAUGUCUGCAAAACUGUAUCCUCUAGACAAAUGGGCCAACUUUAGAAUAUAUUCAUUAGGUAAUCACACAGAUGGAAUAGUGGGUUGUUUUUUCGAAAAAGAUAGCUAUGACAUUACCACAAUCAGUAGAAACGGUCAAACUUGUAUUUGGGAAUGUACUGUUGAUCCUCAGGAUAUGAUUCCUCAUGACCUAGCUCCUCCUAAAAAAAAGAAGAAAUUAUCUGAUGAAUUAGAUGAAGAUGAUGUUGAUACUUCUAAAUCUCUGGAACGAACGGAAGAAGAGAUUACCAAAGCCUUAGGAGAAGUUGCCGUUAAUGAUGAGGAAUCUAAAGAAGAAGGGGCGAAGAAGCUUUUUUAUAAGAGAAUUGCUAAACAUUAUUUGGCGGACGAAGUUAGGAAGAGCAACAGAGAAGCAGUUUUAACUUCUGCUGCCUAUCACAAAAAUACUCGAAUUCUAGUCACAGGUUAUUCUACAGGGGAUUUUUUCAUACAUGAGUUACCGGACAUGAACGCCAUACAUUCCCUCAGUAUUUCUGAGCAGAAGAUCUCUUCGAUAGCUUUGAACCAAACUGGAGAUUGGAUAGCGAUAGGUUGUAGUGGAAUAGGACAGCUUCUUGUUUGGGAAUAUCAAAGUGAAACAUACGUAAUGAAACAACAAGGGCAUGCCAACAACAUGUCCUGUGUGUCUUAUUCGAAGGAUGGACAGCUGAUUGCCACAGGUGGUGAGGAUGGGAAAGUUAAGUUAUGGAACUUGAGUUCUGGAUUCUGUUUCGUAACAUUCACAGAACACAGCAAUGCUAUCACUUCUAUAGCGUUUAGUGGAAAUAAGAAGUUUGUUGUGUCGUCUUCUCUGGACAGCACUGUUAGAGCUUAUGAUAUUUUAAGGUAUCGUAACUUCAGAGUAUUCACUUCCACCAGACCAGUUCAGUUCUCUUGUGUCGCAGUCGAUAGUAGUGGAGAAUUUGUAGCUGCUGGUGGUCAGGAUAUUUUUGAAAUAUAUUUGUGGUCAAUGAAAACUGGGAAGCUUCUUGAAAUACUUGCUGGACAUGAAGGACCAGUGAUGUUUCACUAGCCUGUGCUACUCAGCUGACGGAGAGAGUUUGUUGGCGGGAGGUCAGUCGAAAAAUGUCUGCAUUUACAACGUUAAAGAAUCGCUAUUGGUGAAGAAAUUCGAAAUAACACAAAACAGGUCGUUCGAUGCGGUCGAUGAUUUCAUAAACAGGAGGAAACUAACCGAAUUCGACAAUAUUGCCCUUGUAGAAGAGAGAGAGGAAAGAGAAGGGGGAAACGUAAGCAUUAAGUUACCAGGUGUCAGGAAGGGGGAUAUGACCGGUCGAACUCUGAAUCCGGAGAUAAGAGUAUUCUCCCUGCAAUUUUCUCCUACAGGAGAAAGUUGGGCAGCAGCCACAACGGAAGGUCUGUUGGUUUACUCGCUGCAUCAUUCUUAUGUGUUCGAUCCUUGGGAUUUGCAGAUUGGAGUUACGCCGGCUAGCAUCAGGCAAGCUAUCAAAGACGAUGACCACUCAAACGCUCUCAUGAUGGCCAUGAACUUGAAUGAGGCUAAGUUAAUCCAGGAAGUAGUGGAAAGUACUCCAGUUAAAGAUAUUGAAUUGAUAGUUUCCACUUUGGAAUAUAAAUAUAUCCAAAGGUUAUUAAUGACGAUAGCAACAUUUUUGGAAAGUUCCCGACAUUUGGAAUUUUACCUGUGCUGGACACAACAUAUUCUGACUCUGCACGGACCGAAAAUCCAAGCCCAAAAACACAUGCCGACUUUGUUAGCCCUAGAAAAGAGUCUGGUGAGGAAAUACGAACAACUGUCAAAACUCUGCAAUUAUAAUACAUAUACAAUGAAUUAUGUAAUUGGAUUAGGAGAGGUAGCAAUUAAGAAGGAACUGAAAAUGGAACAGGACAUUGAGGAAGAAGACAUUGAGGAAGAGGUAGAAGAACUUCAAAUGGAUUUUGCAAGUGAUGUUGAUGAAUAUGAAUGAGUCUAUUGAACGCAGAGGUAUUAUUUUCAUGUAUUCAUUUAUUAAAUUCCUGAAAGUGUA